GUCAAAAAUCCCACCCCGUGGGAACGGUCCAAGGGCCACAUGAGCCACUUCGCGCACCGAGCGAUGCUGCUGGCUCAAAACAGUGCCAAGCAGGCUUCGUACCUGGCUGCGCAUCCGCCAUCCCCGCCUGCCGGACCAUCGGAUGACGCGGACGAGUUCAAGUGGAUCGGGUUGGCCAUCGUGAUCGGGUCGGCCAUUUUGUCCAACCUUGGCGUGAACGUCCAGAAGUUGUCGCAUGUCAAGGAGGAGAAGCGGUCGAUGUUUCAACGCCGUCCGUACUACGUCCGCCCCCUCUGGAUCAUCGGGAUGGCGUUUGUUGUUCUUGGAUCGAUCGGAGACUUUGAAGCCCUCGCGUUCGCACCACAAGCACUCGUUGCGUCUGUCGGUGGUGGAUGCACAGUCCUUGCCAACAUGGGGUUUGCCCACCUCUGGCUCGGCCAGCGCCUCACUUGGUACGAUGUGCUGGGCACGUUCUUCAUCUUGGUGGGGGUUGUCUUGAGCACGUUGGCCAACACCCCCGACGCCCAACUCACCAUCGUCGAACUCGAGCUGCAAUUUCAGCACCUCGAAUUCCUAGUGUACUUCUCCAUCAUGUGUCUGGUAUUAUUUGGGAUCUUUGGCGAGAUUCGAUCCAUUGCGCGGCGAUCUCGACUCACGCACGAGUAUUUGCACCGUCGGCUGCCGUACUUGUACGCGACGGCGUCGGGCAUUUUCGGAUCGUUCUCGGUCUUGCUGGCCAAAUGCACGUCGAUGCUGCUUUUGCUCACGUUUCAAGGGGACAACCAGUUUGUGUACCCCAUCACGUACGUGUUUGUCGGCGGCAUGAUCGCGACGUUGGUGCUCCAGACCGACUUGUUGAACCGCGCCAUCAUGUCUGGGGACACGCUGUCGGUGUUUCCAGUGUUUCAGUGCUUUUGGAUUGGGGUACGUCUUUGCGCAAACUCGGUGCGCCUACUUGCUCGAGAAGUCGCUCGAAUUUGUGUCUGGGCCAUGCCAACGCCGCGCUGUCUCCUAGUCGAGUGUCGUGGGCGGCGUUGUGUUUUACCAAAAGUUUGACUCGUUUACGUUGUUUGAAUGGAUUUCGCUCCCCAUCGCCCUCGCCUUGAUCAUUCUUGGCAUUUACUUGCUGACGCAAGUGGCCAACGACGAUGCUGCGUACGCGUCGUCAGUGGCUGCGACCGGCCGGUUCGGGUCGCUCAUGCCGCUGAGUCCGCCGCCCAUGUCAUCCACGCUGCGCACGCCCAUUUUCAGCCACGGGUCGUUUCGAAGCAAUGACUCGUACGGGUCGGUCAAGACCAAGGAAGCGGGGUCGGCCAAGUCCCCAGCAGAAGUAUAGUCAACCAUCACCCGCCUCGCCAUGCGCGACACUGGCGCGGAUUUGAAUUCACAGAUUUUUCCGUUGUCCCCCUUGUUUG